AUGAGCAGGGGAGGACCGGAGACGCCCGGGGGGAGGGCGCUCCAGUUUUCUGACGGAGGUAUUCCACACUCGCGUCAUCCGGCCCGUCCCCCGGCCCGCUUACGAAAAGCUGGUGUGUCACCCUCGCUUAGGCGUCAGUCGAUCACGGCGAAGGAUGGUGGGUUGAAGCUUCCGCAGAUAGUAGAUAACGGGUCGGGUAUACGCAGGGCCGAUCUUCCUCUGCUUGCAGCGCGAUUCUGCACUUCGAAGCUCUCCACGUUCUCAGAUCUAUCGAAAUUGCAAACGCACGACUCUUGCGCUUGGAGAGCGAGUUAUCCAGAUGGGUUACUUGCACCUGCCAAAGCGGGCACUUCUGCUGACCCUAAGCCCUGCGCUGGUAACGAUGGAACGACGAUCGCCGUCGAGAUCUCUUCUACACCCCUUCGACUAAGGGCACUCAAAUCUCCUUCUGAUGAAUAUGCGCAUAUCCUGGACGUAGUCCAAAGAUAUGCUAUUCACCACCCCAGCCUCUCCUUCCUGUGCAAGAGAACUGGAUCAAACACUGCCGAUGUCUCGACUCCCUCCUCGGGGACGGUCAAGUCCGCCAUCAAGACCAUCUAUGACCCAAGCGUUGCGAAAGAGCUGCUAGAGGCGCAGGCGGAAGCUAGACCCAAGGACGAAUUCGAGUGGCAAGCCGAAGCAUGGUUCACAAGCGCCAACUAUCAUGCCAAGAAACCCACGUUCUUGUUGUUUAUCAACCAUAGAAGUGGUGAGAGCGCGAGAGUGAAGAAAGCAGUUGAGGCCGUGUACAGUGGCAUCCUGCCAAAAGGCGCAUGUUCAUCUAUCGGAGGUGUGUUGGCACGCAUACAUUCGUCCAAGCAGCUCGGUCUGACGUUCCGGGCCAGUCUGGAUAACGAUCCAAGCAAAGUCAACGUCAACGUCCAUCCUACGAAACGAGAAGUCCAUUUCCUGGAUGAAGAAGCUAUCACUGAGAAGGUAGCGGAUUCUAUGCAGGCAGUGUUAGCGGCGAAUGACCAAUCAAGAACCUUUCAAUACCAGACUGUUCUCACCGGUCACAGUCCUUUCAAGUCACAGGGCAAGAUGAAGCGCAGUGACCUGCGAAAAGAGCGGAUCGCCGCUGGGUUUGACGAGGACAUGGAGAGAGAAGACGAACUCGAAGAUGAGGAGAAUGAGCAAGACCUGGACCUGGAACGGCCCAGGGCUGGGCCGUCCUCCUCUCCGAAGCCGUUCCGCAAACCCUCUCAACCGUCGUACAAGAAAGUCCGGAAUGACCUUGAGACGAGAACCUUGGACUCGAUGUUCCCCGUUCUCCAAAGCAGCUCGGAAUCUCAGCGGGCACAGCCAAAUAUGGAAAUUGAGAAGAAAGAAAAAGCACCUGCUGUCUCCGAGAUGAAGAAAGGGAAGCAUUUGCAUCUGGCGAGGAUCAUUGACCGCAUCGACGAGUCUGUGCCUCUCGCUCGUUCAAUCAUCCACCAAAGUAUUGCUGAUCAAUCACGAGGCUCUCACCUGACUCUUGAGCCUGCGCCGAGUUUGGAGGAGCUCGUUAAGCUCGCUGUGGAUGCGGAGGCGGCUAUCACAGAGCAGGCGCUGAACCCCGGAAAGAUCAUUAAGUCCAUUCUCAAGACCAUCAUGGCCCAAAGAGCCAUGCUGGCAGAAUAUUUCUCGCUCGAGAUCACCUCAUCUGGUGAGAUGUCUACACUCCCACUCCUCCUGCCCGGAUACACGCCAAACCUCGACCGUCUCCCACUCUUCCUCAUGCGUCUCGCGCCACAAGUGAAUUGGACGUCGGAAUCCGAAUGCUGCUCUACGUUCCUACAGUCCCUGGUUCUGUUGUACGAGAGAAGGAAGCCCCUGCCCCGGAAGAGCAAGAGGAAGGGAAGAGGAAAAGCGAGGAGUGGCAGAUCGGGCAUGGGCUAUUUCCCGCGUUCAGGAAGUAUCUCGUACCUCCUCGAGGGCGAGAGGGACGUGGUGCAGGUUGCAGAGUUGAAAGACUGGUACAGGGUGUUUGAGCGAUGUUAG